AUGGCCCCAAAACAGGCGACACUCGGGUAUGUCAAGUCCGGACAGAGCACAAUCGGGCCAAUUGCUAACUACAGGAAGUUCUUUGGGGCAAAAGGUGCGCCUCCCCAACAGACAAAGCUCUCCUUCAGCAGCAAACCCAAAAAAGAAGAAGUGAAGAACGAAGAGGAGGCUGACAUGAAGGUCAAAUCAGGCUCCGAUUCUGAGAAAGAAACAAAGAAGCGAGCAAGGUCAGAAGACAAGCCCAAACCCGAGCCUACGCCCAUUAAGAAAGAGGAAGUCGAUGACGAGAGUGAUGGACCUGUCACCAAGCGAGCACGACGAAGUCGAAAGCGAAUUGAGGAAGAUGACGAGGAGAUGACUGAAGAAAUCGUCAAGAAGGAGACACAUGCAUCCCCCAAGAAGUCAAAUGUCGCAAGCAUACCCCCAAAAGUCAAGUCGCCCAAGAGGUCAAAGGCAACCCCCAAAGCGAAGGCGGCCAAAGAACCAACUCCCGAGGAGAACGACGAUUCUGCCAAAGAAGAGGCAUCGACAGCUUCAGCUUCAGAAGCCGAGCUUGACGACGAGGCAGAUGUCGAUGAUAAGCCUGAGGUUGCUGCCAAGGCUCGCGAGAAGGUCCAGACAAAGUUCAAGUCCAAGACGAAAGACCCCUAUCCUGACUGGAAGCCCGGCACCCCUGUUCCGUAUGCGGCCCUGUGUACAACUUUCUCUCUUGUGGAAAUGACCACCAAAAGAUUAAUUAUCAUGGAGCACUGUUCUCUGUUCCUUCGCCAGGUCAUGCGCCUGACCCCUGAGGAUCUAUUACCUACAGUCUUAUUAAUGAUCAACAAAUUGGCUCCUGACUACGCUGGCAUCGAGCUUGGUAUCGGCGAGUCGUUGAUCAUGAAGGCUAUCGGCGAGACGACCGGGCGAAGUCUCCAGGUGAUUAAGGCUGAUCAGAAAGAAAUUGGUGAUCUUGGACUGGUGGCUGUAAAGAGUCGAUCAACUCAGCGCACUAUGUUCAAGCCCAAGGCUUUGACUAUCAGGGGUGUGCAUCAAGGCCUAAUGAAUAUCGCCACUGUCACUGGCAACGGUGCUCAGGGGCGCAAGGUGGAUGGUAUCAAGAAGCUUCUUGCUGCAGCUGAUGCCAACUCCACCGGUAAAGUCGAUAUUACCAAGGACAAGGGAGGUCCCAGUGAAGCCAAAUUUAUCAUUCGAUUCCUGGAAGGAAAGUUGAGACUUGGUCUGGCUGAGAGAACCGUUCUUGUUUCUUUGGCGCAAGCUAUUGUUGCCCACGAAGCAGAUGCCAAGGGUAAGGUCCCUAGCACCUCGGAUCUUGAGAAGGGUGAAUCAAUUCUCAAGACUGUCUACAGUGAACUUCCGAGCUACGACGUGAUUAUUCCUGCAAUGCUAGAACACGGGAUCAUGAAGCUUCGAGAAAAUUGCAAGCUCCGACCUGGUGUACCUUUGAAGCCUAUGCUGGCCAAGCCAACUAAGGCCAUUACUGAAGUACUCGAUCGCUUCGAAGGACAAACCUUCACCUGUGAGUAUAAGUAUGAUGGCGAAAGAGCACAAAUCCAUUAUGUGGCAAAGGAUGCACCCCAAGAACUAAGCGAAGCGAGUCAAGGCGCCGCCAAGGAGGCUGCUGCUGGUGUUGCUAGCAUCUUUUCCAGAAACUCUGAAGAUCUCUCCCGAAAGUAUCCCGAUAUCCUUGCCAAACUCCAUACCUGGGUCAAGCCGGAUACCAAGAGCUUUGUCCUGGAUUGUGAGACAGUGGCUUGGGAUGUUGAUGAGAAGAAAGUGCUGCCCUUCCAGCAACUCAUGACACGCAAGAAGAAGGAUGUCAAGGUUGAGGAUGUCAAGGUCAAGGUUUGCGUAUUUGCAUUUGAUCUCUUGUACCUCAAUGGAGAGGCUGUUGUUGAAAAGGCACUGCGUGAACGACGUGAGCUUCUCGAAACCGCGUUUAAUCCUGUAGAAGGCGAGUUUUCCUUCGCUACGCACAUGAAUGGCCAAGAACUGGAUGAGAUCCAGGUUUUCCUCGACGAAAGUGUCAAGGCAUCAUGCGAGGGUCUGAUGGUCAAAAUGCUGGAUGGAACUGAGAGUGGAUAUGAGCCCAGUAAGCGAAGUCGAAACUGGCUCAAGAUCAAGAAGGAUUACCUCUCCGGCGUCGGUGAUUCACUGGAUCUUGUUGUUUUGGGCGCAUACUACGGCAAAGGCAAACGUACAUCUGUUUACGGUGCAUUCCUUCUGGCCUGUUACAACCCCAACUCGGAGACAUACGAAACUGUGUGCAAUAUUGGAACUGGCUUCUCAGAGCAGGUCUUGGAGGAUCUCCACACCCAACUCUCUGAGAUUACCAUUGACAGGCCUAAGCCUUUUUACUCCCACUCUCCUGGCGGUCAACACCAACCUGAUGUCUGGUUUGAGCCUCGGUAUGUCUGGGAAGUCAAGACAGCCGAUUUGACCCUCAGUCCACGGUACAAGGCCAGUGCUAAGGAAGGUGUCGACCCGUCAGGAAACAAGGGCAUCAGCCUUCGAUUCCCUCGCUUCAUCCGUGUGCGAGAUGAUAAGAAAGCUGAUGCUGCCACGACAAGUCGCCAGGUUGCUGAAAUGUAUCGCAAACAGGAGAGCGUGACAAAGAACAAGGGUCCCUCUGUUGACGAUGACUUUGAGUAUUAG